GAUACCGAGUCAUUGUGAAAUCGGUCCCCGUUGGAUACACAUCGUGUUCUCCGUGAAUAUUCUAUAAAACUAAAAAAAUUAUACAUUUUCGUCACGCAUAUUAAGUGAAAAUGGCACGUACCAAGCAGACCGCCCGUAAAUCAACUGGAGGCAAGGCUCCACGUAAGCAGCUGGCCACCAAGGCAGCCCGCAAAUCGGCACCGUCCACCGGCGGCGUUAAGAAGCCCCAUCGUUAUCGUCCCGGCACCGUUGCUCUGCGUGAGAUCCGUCGCUACCAGAAGUCAACUGAGCUGCUUAUCCGUAAGCUGCCCUUCCAGCGUUUGGUGCGUGAAAUUGCUCAGGAUUUCAAGACCGAUUUGCGUUUCCAGUCAGCUGCCAUUGGUGCUCUGCAGGAAGCCUCUGAGGCCUACUUGGUCGGCUUGUUUGAGGACACCAACUUGUGCGCCAUUCAUGCCAAGCGUGUCACCAUUAUGCCCAAGGACAUUCAGUUGGCGCGUCGCAUUCGUGGCGAGCGUGCUUAAGCGCAGCAAACACAAAAAACAUCAACAACAAAAACAACAAACAAACAAAAUACACAAAAAUCACAUUCAUAUUAUAUACACAAGCAGCAGCAUAGUAAUUUGUUAAACGAACCGAAACAAAAUCAGUUCACAAAUAUUCGUCAAUUGGAGCUUGAUUUCAUUUAUAUCUUACGCAAACAUAUACAUAAAUAUAAAUACCAUAUAUAUAUAUAUAUGUAGCAUUAUAAUUGUAUAACCACACACAAAAAAAAAAAAAACAAAAACAAAACAAAGCAAAAGAAAAAAGAAUUCAGAAUAACGUGCAUACUUAUGCUUCGUUUUAUUAUACAUACAUAUAUAAACAUAAUCUAUGAAUAUUUUAAUUAAUAACUGUAACUCUUAUUAUUAUUAUUGCUAUUAUUAUAAAUUUGUAUAUUAGUUUUAAGUUUGUGGCUCGCCCGCUGCACGCAUUGCGUUGGUCGACGCCAUCAAAUCCGAUCCCAAGAUAGAUGCCGUUGCAAUGCCAGCCGUUGGCAUCCCGCUGCCGUCUCCAACAUCGCCCCAUGAACUCCAACAGCGCAUGCAGCGUGUUGCCACAGGAAGCGCUGCACUCUGAACGGCAGCGCGCACAGCGGUCCCUUAAAAAAAAAAAAAACAACAACAACACCAUCCAAGAUACAGAACCGAAAGAAGCCGCUGUGCGUCGCCAGCCGCCGGACAAGAUCAUUGGGCGAGUGAGUGCAACGCUUCCUUUGGCAGCCUGAUGCGUUGCAUGUGCGGCAAGUCGGCGGCAUGAUGCCAACGGUUGUUGCAACAGCGUCGCGUUGCCGUUCAGGCGCAAUGCGGACAGCGGGCGGCGGGGCUGAAUGAACAACAACCCAAUUUGGUCAGCAAACAUACAUAUAUCAGAAAUGAGUACACAUAAUAUUGCAACUAUUUUAUAUAAUAAUACUUUUACAUCAUUUUUUUUUUAUUUCACUUAAUAUUACAUAUAUAAUUUUUGGAGAAAAGAGAACUUAAUGAAAAGAAGUAUGGAAACGAUGAAGGGGCCCGCCCCCAACUCUGCCGAGAGGCGGUGCGGUGCGGUGGGCGUGGUAGUUGAUUAAAUAAGUUUUAGAUUUACAUGCAUUUUAUACGUUUAGACAAGGAAAUAAAACAAACAGACAACAAAACAAACAGAAAAUAAGUGAAAAGCGAAAAGCAAACAACAAAUUUGAUAAACAAAUCAUGCAAAAUGCAAAACCAACCGCAUUAACUAACAACUUCUUUAAAAAUAGCAUAAACAAACAUACAUUCUUAAAAUGUAUGUCGCAAACAUAUAUGCAUAUAUAUACAUAUGUUAAAUGAAAUGUAUUACGUAUAUGAUCUAUUCUAUAUAUAUAUACACUUAAAUAACUUUACAUAAAUGUUUACGGAACUUACAAGAUAUUCAUACGAUAUAUAAACACAAGUAACCCCUCCAACAAUGCACUAAAACGAAAAGAGAUUUGCAAAUACAAGAAGUUGCAUAGUUUGUUGCAUUCAAAAACAAAAAACAAAAAAAAA